AUGGCUUUAACAUCUUUUGGCUCUUUUGGCCCUCAAACUGGCUUCUUGACAAUGCAUGAUCCUAUUUCCAGGGACGUUAGAGACACUUUUGUCGUUCAUGCUGAUCUUCCAGAAGUACCAAAAGAGAAUAUCAAUCUCAAUAUUCGUAGUGAUAAUCUUAUAAUUAAUGAUGA